UGUCAAGGGUGCACGUGCAGAUUCCUGUAUAACAGCACUUUUGCUCAAAUAACAGGAUUUCAAUGCAUCAGUCAUGUUCCACAAUCAUUUCUGAGUAUGUUUUUAAAAUUUCACUUGUUUAUAUUAGACGGUUACUGAAAAAAAUUGAAAAAACUAAGUCCCCUAUUUCUGCUGAUUCUCAUUACAAAAGUCUUUAAAAUUGGGUAGUUCACCAGACACAUUGAUCAUCAAAAUUGAAUGUCUAAAAAGGUUUAAAGUGUAAUUUUUUCUCAUUAUUAGCUCACCGUAUGCCUUACCUCAUCAAACUAGCCAAUAAAAUUCUAAAAAUAUAUCAUUUAAAUUUAAAUUAAAUUGAUUUUAUUUUGAAAUUUUUGUUAAAAAAUGUUAAAGUUCCAGAUCUUAUGCCAAUUUUAUUGCCAAUCAACUAUUUUUGUUUAAAUAAAAAGUUGUUAAAUGGAAAGAAUAAUUUAUCUUGAGAUUAAAAUACCAUAUGUCACUUUAAAUCCAAUUAAUAAUCAGCUCUCAGGAUGUAUUUGCCUCAGCAGGUAUAAAUUCUAAACCAUGUAUCAGAACAGAGGUAGGGGUCUAAUUUAAGGCUAUAAUUGUUAAAAAAUAAAAUAUUGUACAUAUUCUAAUGGUUUUUAUUGGAGAGUAAUAGUUUGACUACAAUUUGACAAGCAGAAGAAGUCAGUUCAAGCAGUUUUAAGGGGAAUAAUGACUCGCAAAAGAAGUAAGUUGUCAAAAAUUCAUGGUUUCAAAAAGGGUUAUGUCCCUUGGAAUAAAGGUAAAAAAAUUGAAUUUAUCAAAAUAUCUAAGAAAAAUCAGUUUUGUCGGCAUUCUCAAAGUGUCUUUGACCGCAGAGUAAGACAAAGUUCAAAUGGUAUAUUGACAAUUGAAAAUGUUGAUGGAACUCCUGUCGAACAGGUCAUCCUUCGGCCAAAGCCCCAGAAUCUUGAUGUAGUUGACAAGUACCUUCAGGCUGCUAAUAACUCUUCUGAUGCUUGUCCCAAUAAAUUGUACACUCCUAAACAUGUAGAAUCACUUUUCAAUUCUGAAAUUAGAAACCAUAUACUUUAUAACUCAGAUUGUGAAGGUGACUUAAAAUUUGAUGUAGAAAAUGAAAAACAGUGGGGUUGCGUUUGGCGUGAAAGGCUAAAAUGCCAAAUAUGUGAUUUUGUUAGCAAAUAUUACAGAUUGUAUGAUGUUGUUGAAACAAACAAAAGAGGUCCAAAGUCAGCAAAGCUGAAUAUUCAGAUUCAGUGUGGUCUGAUAACUUCCCCGAUCUCAAAUAAAAACUUUAGAGACAUUCUUAUGAUUUCUAAUAUGGUUCCACCUUCCUCAUCUGGCAUGCAAAAGACUGCAAACAAAGUUGCAAAACAGGUAGAGGAAUUGAAUAAAGCAAGUAUGCAAGACAUAAGGAGAAAUUUGGUUGAGGAAAAUAAAUUAUGUGGUCUAUCUAAUGAAAAACUUGUAAGAGUUGAAUCGGACUGUCGAUAUAACAACCCUCUCAUAAAUAGCGGCACUACACCGUUUCAAGCUGGUACUCAGGUUGUGUGCACAAUGUCGGAAAAUAAUACUUCGACCAAACAAAUUGUGUCACUAUUUACGGGUAAUAAACUCUGUAGUGUUGCUACUAGGUUGAGAGGGAAGGGUAUUGAAAUUAUAUGUCCAAAUCAUGGAGGUGUGUGCACAGCAAAUAUAGCUGAAGAUGCCUCCAUUGAGUAA